AAUAUAAAUUUGAUUGAUUGUACUUGAGAACGUGUGUAUAUAUUGGGUCAAGAAAUUUCCAUCCUUUACCGUACGUACCCUCCCUUUUUUCAGAAUAAGGUCACUCACACUCUCCAAUCUCAUUCCAUAACUUAGGUUUAUACAAUUAAUAAUUUACCAUAUAUAUAAAUAAUUUACCUUCAACUUUUCUUCUUCUUCUUCCUCUCUCUCUCUCUCUUUUUUCAUUUUUCUACCGUUUUUCACAUACUUUCUGUUCCUAAUUCCUAAAAUCUCACCAUGUCCACAAGGGUUUGCAAGUUCUAUGCCAGAGGGAUAUGUUUGAAAGGGGACCAAUGUGAUUUUGCUCAUCAAAGAAAGGAUAUUCCAGUUGAUGUUUGCUCUUAUUAUCAGAAAGGGUCUUGUGCUUAUGGUAGUCGAUGCAGAUAUAAGCAUGUCAGAGCUUCUCAAGCAUCAUCUUCUGCGUCUAUGGUUUCAGAUUCUGCUAAAGUAACUUCAAAUUGGGUUCCUAAGGUUACUAAGGCUCCUGCACCUGACAAGCGUGGCGUAAAGAGUUUACAACGCAAGCAUCAGGACUCUAGUGAUGUUGGUGAAUCCAGUACUGCGAGUGCUAAGCCGCAUGAUAUAUUUUGUACAUAUGCUGCGGCCAACUGCCCCUUGGGAGAUGGAUGUUCUCGUGUUCAUGGAAAUCAAUGCUUAUACUGUAGAAAAUAUUGCUUGCAUCCGACUGAUAAAAAGGAAAAGGAGAGUCAUUUGAGGACUUGUGACAAAAAGGAAAAGUACCUUCUGGCUUUGAAAAAUAGCGAAGAAAUAGAAUGCAAUGUUUGUCUGGAGCGUGUCCUUUCCAAACCCAAACCAUCAGAUUGUAAGUUUGGGUUGCUUCCAGAAUGCGAUCAUGCUUUCUGCUUGUCAUGUAUCCGCAAUUGGCGUAAUAGUGCCCCAACCUCUGGAAUGGAAAUCAGCAGUAAUUCCAAUACUGUGAGAACCUGUCCUGUUUGCCGCAAACUAUCAUAUUUUGUCAUUCCAAGUGGUAUUUGGUUUACUACAAAGGAAGAAAAACAGGAAAUUAUUGAUAACUACAAGGCAAACUGCAGAUUGAUUGAUUGCAAACAUUUUGACUCUGGAAAUGGGAAUUGUCCAUUUGGAGCUGGUUGUUUCUACAAGCAUACAGUGAAGCCUGGGUCAUACACAUGGGUACACCGCAGGCCACCACCUCAACGUAGACCAAACCAUUAUGAUAUGUAUGAUGUGUUGGAUAUGCUCAGUGAAGUUGAUUUAUCAAGUGGAGAAUUUUAUAACAUCAUGAGAGACUCCGAGUUUUUUGAUGGGAUGGAUCCAUUUGAAAUGAUGGCUUUGUCAGAUUCGCUGGCUGGUGGUUCGGGUCCUUGUUUGAAUCCUUUUGAUUCUGACGAUGAGGAAAAUGAAUUUGAUGUUUUUCGAAUGGCUGCUAUGUCAGAGGCCCUGGCUUCUGGGGUAGAUGAUUUUGGCCCUGAUGAUUUUGAGGAUGAAUUUGAUCCUAUGGAGGCAGCCUUGUUAUCAAUGAUAAUGCAUUCUCAUAUGGAAGACGACAAUGAAGACGAUGAAGAAGAAUACAGUGACGAUGAAUAUUAGGUUUACUUGGUUCAUAUGAUAUGCUUAUUUUUAAACAGUUUUUGAACAAGUUUCUUUUAACAAAGUAUGUCACCUUUCUUUUCUUAUGAAAAUCAUUUGGCAUGAAGAUUAAGAUUAUCAUUCUAGUUUGUGAUGUGUGUUUAGUACUCGUGUCUUAUAGCCAUAUUUUAGAGAUCAUAUGCCAUUUUGUAAGUCAUGCUAUUUAAGGACUUUUGGCUUAAGGGUUUUGUUUUGGAUUUUGUGGUUCAUGUAGUUAUUUAGCACCAGUAAAUCCUAUAAUUCUACCCUAUGAAAAGAUUGGUUGGUUUUGAGCUUA